AUGGAAGAUUCGGCCGAAAUCUAUCUGGAACAGGUUCCAAUGGGAUUUUCAGGUUUUCGAUCCAACCCAGAGCUUGAAAUAUCUGAUGAUGAAGAAGAAGAAGAGGCUCAAGAAAAGGAUUUAACAAAGAAUGAGUUUGAAGAUUUUCUACAAAGUAUCUCUAUCACUGAAGAGGAUGUGGCUAUCACACCUUCUGUUGUGACUGAAAGAGAUCGUGACUCAACUGUGCAAUCUUAUACACCUACCUCUAAACAGAUGGAUGCUCUUAUUGUUGAACUUCAACGAACUGUCAGGAAGCCUCCCCAAACAGUUUCUGUUACAACCGAACCUCCAUCUGAGAGUGAUCAAGAAGAUUCAGCUCACGUUCUACUCCCAGGAAAAAGGAAAAGAAAAGAUCCAAGACUUGGAGUGCUUAUCCCAAACCCUGUUCAAAAUAUUUCAAGGACGAUACCUAAAUCCACUCCAAUAGAUCAAGAUUUUGAAAGCCAUAUUGUUGAACAAGAAUUAUUCCCUUCAGAAGGUGUUAAAGCUUCUGGAAACUCUUUUAAAGCCCUCGAACUAGAUAUUUCAAAAGGCAAGAGCAAGUUGCCUGAGCUUGAGUUUGUAGAUAUUUCGGCUUCUAGUUGUGGUCCAACCAAUCUAACUUCUCAACCUGCAAGUGAAAGAGUUGUAAUACCUGCUCUGGAUGCAAAUCUUGACACAUUUUUAUCUUCUGAUACUGCUUCUGCUCAAGAAAGAAGAAAGAAGCAAAUCAGGGUUGAGCAUCCAAGAGGGAAGAUGUUAGUGAUGAAACAUUCAGACCAAAAUGCUCCAGGUGAUCACCCUGAGAUGUUUCUUAGAGAGAUUGGGAAGAAAGUUACAGAUAAAUAUGGGGACCGCUCUGGUAUUUUGAUGUGGGGAUAUGAUGCAGAUAAGAAAAUGUGGAUCGUAAAGCGAAAGAGCGGACAAAUUGAAUAUUAUGAGAAGAAAGUCGACUUUCUGUCUUUGACAAAAGUUGAUCUUUUUGAACUUAUUCACGCUCCUUUCCACAAUCCAACCAAUGAUCCCAUGGCCUGGUCUUGUAAGAGUUUUCUUGAGGAUAAAGCUAAAAAUAACUUUGAAGGCAUGAAGACGGUUUCUUCAUUUACGAAAAAGGCCAAGGAUGUCAUUGAUCCUCGCACUAACAAAACCAUGGUGAAUGUUAUGUGGCUGCCUACAAAGCAAGCUAAAUGA